GCGCUUUGUAUUGGUAUGACAGCAUUUUCCCGAACUUCACCCGAGAUUCGAGUAGCGUAAGCAGUAAGUAUGUAUCUUGGCGCCCACGUGUCCGCGAAGCAGCUGGUGGAAUAUUCGCAUUCCCCCUAACGGCUAGAGCCAAGGUUCAUUUGGUCGUUGGGGGCCGGCUGGCACAUUUGGCGGCUGGUAUGAAAGUAUUUUCCGGACCGCGCGGGAUUCGAUGCUGAGACCCCGUGACCGCAUGCUUGCACUGAAUGCACGGAUCCUUGGCGCAGGGGCGGCGUCGUCCAUGCCGGGAUUGCGACCCCCAGGCAGGACCGCGCUUGCGGCUGCUAGCGCGUGAUAUGUACAGUACAUCCAUGCAGCUCACGGGUGGAUGUUCCCGUACGAACGUCCCAGAUCCCACCAAAAUCGCGCGUGGGUGGCGCUGAUAGCGUCCGUCCUCGCAGAUAAGUCAGGGCUGGUGAAAGCUGCAAUGGUUCAUGCGCUCCUGCAGUGGUUCCCUGCGGUCUUCCAGGCACUACUUGAGCCGAGACGGAUUUGGGCAACUGAAACCACCCAAUUGGGACGUGUACGGCGCAGCACGUUGCGAAGUACUUAAAUGGUGCGCAUCUGAUGAAACCCGCGGCCAGCAGUAAGUAAGUACACAACGCAACGCAACGCAACGCAACGCAACGCAAUGCUGCCCAGCGCCUCGACAUAUGAAAUCCACAUGUUGGUCUGACCGUUGACGGGCGUACGCGCGAGGCAAUCGAGAUCGGUGGCGGGUGUGGGAGAUCGUCGCGGAGCUUGAAGUGGAGAGUGACUAGUGACUGGCCGGAUGAUGGGCGGCACGGACGGAAAAUGCGACGCAGGGAAAUCCCUCGCAGAGAAACGGACAGACCAUGGGGAGUAUGCGACAAAAGGGCCCGAUGGGAACAUGGCAGCGUGCUCUGCGUCGGCACACGUCUUACAGUCCUGCAGUCAGCCAGGGACUGCGCGUGCUUUCCGAGCUGAGCGCGGAACAUUGGCCCGCUCAGUGCUGUAAAUGAAGUACUUCCGGGGGGACGACGGCGUAGAUCUGUCUUCCUCGAUCUGAAGUUCGCAUCCCAUCGACAACAGGCGAGUACAUACAGUACAUAUGUCCAUGCUCGAACCCGUGCGAGCGUCCAAGCGAGAAAGAUCGACACAGGGAUCAUGAGGUGGAUCAGGAAAGGCCUGGAAAAGAUCGAGGCCGAUCGGGGCCAUGUAAACUGAGCGGAUUAGCGCCUUGCAUAGAUAUGUCACGGCGCCAAGUUGAACCAUCCCGUUUUCUGUGCAAGCAAUCGCAGUGUCGUCGACGCACGCAUCAAGUGCUCGGGUCAAGGCGAUUUGAUGGGCAAGCAGGGACAAGCAAAUCACCUCUUUCCCAAUUUGGACAACAUCGUCAUCCCAGGCUUCGAGUGCGGUGCCUCACCAUGUCCUUCGAGUACGCUCCGGUGUCGAAAGGUCUCAUAUUGUCUCUGGCGCUCUCAACCGUCUUCGUGGGUGUGUUCGACGUGAAACACUAUUUCCACUUGCAGCUUGUUCCCCAUGUCUCCCACCACCAUCAGUAUUGGCGGCUGGCCACGCACCAUCUCGCUUUCGCGAGCUCAAGCGACCUCUUCGUGGCGGUGUUAACGCUGUACAAUGUCAGCGUGCAGAUCGAGCGAAACUUUGGCUCGCUCAAGUUCGCGUCCUUCGUUCUGAUAUCGACGAUGUUGUCUACGAUAUUAGAAUUCGUGGCGCUGAUACUGUUCCACCGCGCGGGCUUGGCCCAGAUCCCUGCUGGGCCGAUAGCGCUCAUCUUCAGCAUCAUCUAUCAGUGGUCCCGCAUCGUCCCACACUCGUACCAGUUUCGCAUCUUCGGGGUGCCGCUCACGAACAAGAGUUUCACAUUCAUCUCUGCGUUGCAGCUCGCGAUAGGGAACUUGCCGGGAUCGGCUGCAGCGGCUCUCAUCGGGCUCCUGGCGGGACAGUUGUACCGGUCCGACCUGGCGAACCUCAAGGGAUACCGCAUCUCGCCGCGGGUGGCGGGCAUGGGCACGCGAUACGCGCUGCCGCUCAUUGGGUCGCUUCGCCCCGCGCGGCGAUCCACGCGGGCUCUGCCGGACGGAGACGCGCGGGCAGCAGCCGCGACGCGGGUCCAGAACGAGGAGAUCGUCACCACCAGCACCGGCACCACCACCACCGCGCGGCCGACGGCCGGGACGGCGACUCAGCGGCAGCCGGCAGAAGCGCUCGGGGGCCCAUCGGUCAUGCGCGAAUGGGUGGAGGGGCUGACAGGCUCCAGUCGCGCUCAGCCUGGGAUGCGGAUCCCCGUCGAAGCUGAGAUCACGCAGCUGACGACGAUGUUUCCUGACAUACAGCGAGAAGUUCUCGUUGGAACGCUCCAGCGCAGCGCGAACAUCGAAGGCGCGGUCGAGACUCUGCUCAGUUCCCAGCGAUAGACGUACAGCCGAUGCCUAACA